UGUCAUUUUUUUUUCCUUUCAAUCAGUUCUAUUUACCACGUGGUUUAGUGUUUUACUUUGGCUAUUUUUUGAUUUUUCCGCAUUUUAUACGAAUUUCAUUAAAAAAUGGUUACCAAAACGAUUAAAUCUAAAAAACAAAAUACAAAUUCUACCGCUGAAGAAAAACCACAAAAAACUAUUAAAAAAGACAAAGAUGAUGUGUCAAAGUUGAAGAAGAAAUUAAAGGAUCCAAAAACUGCUGCUUUAGUUGAGGUUUCCACCAAGUCACCCAAGAAGAGUGAACUUCCAGCUAAAAAGAAAAAUGACAAAAAGCCUAAAAAAGAAGAAGUUGUUGUUGAAGAAUCAUCCUCGGAUAUUGCUGAUGAAUCUGAAAUUGAAGAAUCCGCAGAGGAGCAAAUUGCAGAUGAUUCUGAUGAAGAAGAUUCAGGACCAGAAGAACAACCCGCUAAGAAAUCAAAAACACACGAAGAACAAGAUGAUGAUGAUAAAGAAGAUUCUGAUGUAGGUUUAGGUCACACUAUCUUUGUUGCAAAUUAUCCACCUAAAUACACACGGAGAGAUCUAGCAAAUCUCUUCGCACCGGCUCCAGCUAAACUUAGGUCAAUUUUAUUUUAUUCCAAUUCAGAUGAAGUAUUCUUCACCAGUCCCCCCGGCGGAUUCACAAAUCGUGCUUACAUUGUUAUCGAUAGUCCUGAAGCUGUUAACAAAGCACUUGAGCUCAAUGGCACACUUAUAGAUAACCGCCGUUUGGUUGUGAUAAACCCGGAAAAGCAGAGUCGCUUCUAUCCCAACAAAUCAAUUUUCGUUACAAAUUUGAAAAUCUCUGCCAGUGAAGAUCAAAUCCGUGAGAUAUUCUCAAGCUGUGGCAGAUUCGAAGAUAUCAAAAUUUCAAAGUGCACUCAAUCCAACACCACUUCAGUUUAUAUCGGCUUGGCGGAUGAAAACAAAGUUCUUUCAGCAUUGGAGCUGAAUGGUACUUUGGUGGACGGUCAAGCAAUUCAAGUUGAAAAAUUAGAUAUUGAGAACACUGUCUUUGUAGGAAACUUGAAUAAGUUUACUAAAGAAGAUGGCCUUCGUAAUGUCUUUUCGAGUUGUGGUGAAGUAUUAUAUGUACUACUUAAGAGUUCACGUGUGGCUUAUGUUAUUUUCAAGGAUGCUGAAUCGGCUGCAAAGGCUUUGAAGCUUCAUAAUACCCAGCUUGAUAGGCAAAAUAUAAAAGUAAGCAAAUAUUCCAGCGUACCAAUUAAAUCAAAAAGAACAUUUACAAAGACAAUGAGAAGGGCACCUAUUGGUAAAAAAUAUUUGGGUAAGAAAUUUGAUCCCAAUUUUCACAAAAAUAAGGCGGCAGGAAUUAAAAAGGUUCAUCCCGGAAAGAAGGUAGAGGCUUAAUUGAUUUGAAUUGUUAAAUACAAAACAAGAAAUAUUAUGAAAAUACAGACAAAUUUUUAUGAAA